AUGGGCUGUUGGGUUGGUUUUGAUUGGAAAUGGAAUAUCUGUUUUCCUUCUUUCCCUGCAGGAUCGGAGAUGGAAAGGGAGCUUGUGUGUUUGAACGAUUUACUGCUGAAUGUGAAGCCAUCUGUUGACAAGUUUGACUCUUUUAACUGGGUUCUUAUGGCCAAUAAUAUUUUCUCUGUCUCUUCCUGCUAUGAUUGUAUCAUACAGAACAUCCCAUCGCCCAAAAUCAGUCAUGUGUUGAAGAAUGCUCUUUCGACUAUGUGGGCUUCAAAUUUACCGUCAAACAUUCAGGUUUUUCUAGGGAAGCUCUUUAGGAACUGUGUGGCUACAAAAGACCAAUUGGUUAGGAGGAGGAUUUGUAUUGUUGGAGAUUCUUUGGACUGUCAUCUUUGUGGUAAUGCUUUGGAAUCGAUUCACCAUGUGUUCUUGGCAUGUGAUUUUUCUGUCAAGGUUUGGGAAGGUGUUGUAAACUGGUGUGGCUUGGGUGUAGAUACGUUUGUACCUUGUAUUGAAUCUUUCGUUUCGUUUGGUAAUACUUCUAGUAAGUUUGUUGGUACUAUGAGGGGUAGUAUAUUUUGGGCAUUGACUGUCUGGCACAUUUGGCAAAGCAGAAACCAACUUAUUUUCAAGGGCAUUUCGGCUUCGGUGGAUGACACGAUAAACAAAGUUAAGUUCUUCUCUUGCAGGUGGCAUAACGGAGGAGAAAAAUCUUCUAAGUAUUUGUUUUAUGAUUGGUAUGUAGAACCAUUGGAUUGUAUUAGUCAAAAGUAG